CGAUAGCAAUUACAAGACUUCCCUGCGCCUGCGCUUCGCCCGCUUGGGCUAUGGAGGAAUUUUUAAAGACGUUGGUGUUUGAGUUUGUACUCAAAUUAUAUUCGAUUGUGUGUCAGUGAAUUGUGUCGUAAAUGUUUCCUUAACUAACUAAACAAAUAGAGCACAUGGCUCUGCACGUACCUGUGAACGGAAAGUUCGGAAAAGUCAUCACCAGGCUAGAUGAUCCGGAGAGGGUCCGAAAAGAUCUCGAGAGCCAGCGUCGCAUAACUCGUUUACAGCAGGUGCGUGAGAAGUCCAACCACCUGGCCAAAAAAAUUCGGGAAGAUGUAGCGGCCGAAAAGAAGCGACAAAUCAAAAAUUUGGAGCAGCUCAAGCAAAAGGAAUUGAAUGCUUGGCGCGAGCAUGUUUUGGUCAAAAAACACCAAGACUACCGGACAGCCAUUUUUCAGGUGGGCGCCGCCCAUCGAGCCGCUAAGGAGGAAAACGAAAGGAAUGAGGCUAUGAGGCAGCAGAAGAUCGAUAAAAUCAAGAAUGCCCGCAAGCAGGCCAUGAAAAGAUCUGGCAAAGCAGUUGUGGAGCUGCGAGCCACAACGGGGAUGAAUCUAAAUGUUGAAGGUCGCGUCACGGCCGGUACACAAACGCCUUCGCUCCCACUCGAGGAUAAGGAAAACCGCAUCUGCGGUGGCUUUGAAAAAAGGUGCUUCAAGGACUGCACAAAUAUGGGAAAAUCUACGACGAAUAAGAAGCCAAACUGCGGUUGCCCUCGACCCGAAGAAGAUUCUCCAAGCGAAGAUGACGCCUCGAUCUUACCCACCGAGUGUGUAGAUCUCCGGAAGUCAUCGCCUGUGAUACUGGAUGUAGAUAUUGAUGAAACGGAAGCCAGGGAGCUGCACGAAAAAGGCGGCAUGGAGAUUGGCGAUCGUUUCAUGCAAACGAACCGCAAAUUUAGCCAUAUUGUGCGAACCAGUCCGAGCAGCAGCCCAGAGAGGACUCCAGAAAGCCCGCGAAGGCGAAGAUUUACGCAGAUAACAGACCUGGUAAAAAGAACAGAGGGGACCGUAAGAUCAGAAGGCAUUACAGAGGAUGCACCAAGACGAUCUAUUCCUCCAAGCCCUACAAAGUCAGUGCCAUCGUCGCCAAGAAGAGUUACGGUAAGGGCGGAGUUGGCUCCUCCACCUGCUGCUCCAUGUAUGGUUAAAUCGGCACUUGGGUCCCCCAAGAAAUCAGUUUCCGCAGCACGGCAGCCGCAACAGUUGCAGAAGCGAACUGGAGUAAAGACAAAUCCGCGUCCGGCCAAAGUUAUAGAUGCGGGUAUUCAAAAGAAUCCGAAAUGCAAGACUGUUCCUUCAAAAUCUACUAUUUCUGAGGAGCCACGACAGCAAGAAUCCCAGCAACGGAUUCCUCCCAAUCCACAGAUUUGUCCUCAGAAAUUUCCAACGCAACCAUUUCCGUAUCCUCCCCCCACUGGGCCGUGCAUCAAUCAUUAUCCGCAACCGUAUUCAAUGGCCUAUACGAUGCCGUUCCCCAUGAUUCCACAUCCUCAAUUUCUGCCACCGCCGCCUCCUCCUCCACCGCCACUCCCUCCAAUGUACGCCCAACCACCAUUGGCACCGAUAGCUGUUCCCGCCGUAACAGCGCCACCAAGUUUAGCCACCGCAUCCUGUGGUUCCACCACCACAUUUACUACGAGCCAGGAACCAAGAACAACUCAGUCUCAGUCGGGGCGAGUUCAAUUCUAUGACCAUGGGAACAAAUACCAUCGAACAUAUGAUGCCCCAACCCAAUCAGUACAUUCCACUGACAAGGAUUCCUGCCAGCCAAAUGCCAUGGAGAAUGCGCGGGUCGAAAACCAACUGCGGGAGCUCAGGGAGCAGGAGCUGGAUAAUCUGAGAAAAAUUAGCGAAACCCGAGGUCAAAAAGCCUUGGAACGUGAGCAAGUACGUAGGGAUUGUGCAGAAUUGACAGAAAAGUUGGAUUCCCUCAUCCAACAGCAACCACAGCUCCUACCCAGCGAUCAGGCCAACUUUAUAGCCAGUCAUCGUUACGCAGACGCAGCUGUCAGAAGGGAACAGAAGAUGAACGAAGCAAUGGAGGAGAUGCUACUGCGACCAACUAUUAUAACUUGUCCGGAAGUUAAGGAUUUCAGUCCACCAGCCUCGUCGAAAACCAAAUCAAGUAGAGAACUAGGAGCCAUAAACUUGGGAGCGCGUCCGACUCAAAAGGAUCGGCUAGAGCUGGGCAGUAGCGAAAGCUGUACCGAGAUCCUCCUGGACUACGUCGAUGAUCAAAGCAACCAGCUAAGAUCGGACCUUAAAUCCGAAGGUUCCAACACUCUAAAGUGCAUGAAAUUACGGAAUUUAUUGGAUAGAAUCGAACAGAUACGGAUCCAGUUGCUGGAAGAGCUAAAAGCGGGCGAGGCCAAGGGAUCAAAGAGUGACCAAGCCCAGGAUAUGAUCAACUCUAUACGCCAGGAGCGUGCGGAUAUCCUGUCCGAGAGAACAAGAACUCUAAACGAACGGGAAUCGGACUUGCAUAAGAAGGAGGAACUUCUGGAGAAGCGUUUACGAAAGUUCUACAAGGAGACGAAAGGAAGGAAAACCACCGGAGAGGAGGAGACAACAUCCAAGGAGGAUAAGCCGGUAGAGAUAAUCAUCAAAGUUAGAAGCGAUGGUACAGUGAAGCAAUAUCUUCCAAAGGGCAAAUCGAAAUUCAAAUCAAAUGUAAAAAGUUCCGAAAAGGACAUUCCUUUGGACACACCCAGGGAGGAAUCAAAGCAGACAGAUGAGGAAACUGAAAAACGCCCACCGGCGCUGGACCAGCGGCAAGUCUCUAUUGACUCCAACUCGACGGCAUACCGCAGCCUGCCGCCUGUAAGCUACAAGAGCUUCAAUCCAGGUGCAAAUUCUGCGGCAUCGUCUCGUUCCGGUGCUGAUUCCCAACCACUUCAUCCCACGAUCGUUCACUACAUUCAACGGUUGCUGGGAAUGUCUCGGCAGUCGAUUGACAAUCUGUGUGUCAGCUCGUCGGAAGUGCCCACUCCUCCCGCAUCGAUUAUCGACUCAUCGCGAAAUAAGUCACAAGCUGUCGAAUCUCAUGGAGAGACCCUCAUAGAUGAGCAGCGCUUGGAGCAGGUUCAGACAUUCAUUAGCGAGAAUCGUAGUUUCAUUAACGAUCUAGAGGAUUCAUUGCGUAUGCGGCAGCAGGCUGAGAAAAAUCAGAGGGUGUGUGACAAGGAAACGAGUUCGAAAGCCUUCGAUCAGAUAUGGAAUGAAAGACUGGCCCACACCCAGGACGAUUCGCAGACGAGAAGUAAAGAAACGGAAUCAACGGACAAAGUACCUCAAAAGGAAAAAGAAGCUAAAGGAUCAAGCCUACCUCGGUCGACAUCAUCCAAGAAAGCUCGACAUCUGCAGGGAGGAAAUCUACCUCAUCCAAGUAUACAAUUUCAGGAAGAACAAGAAAAAAGGAUACAAAAACAAAAGCAACCAACAAAGGACCCGGUAGUUAAUAUGAGCGAAUCGGAAAAAUCCAAGAAACUUCAAUCUGUAUCCACCAAAUCCAUCGGAAAAUUGUCAACUAAAAGUGCUCAGGGAGUCGUUCGCGAGAAGACUAAAUCCCAGGGCAAGGAGGAAUCAUCUAAACAAGUGGAACGUUAUGAAAGAUUGGCCGAGAACUGCACCCAGAGGAUAGCCGAACUGACGGAUCUGAUAACAAAAGUGCGUGAGGAGAAGCAGCGCCUGGUCGAGGUUACUCUCACUUCUAAUAGCGAUGGGGAGCGGCAGUCCACGGAGUACUAUGAUCUGCCCAACGGUCAGAUGCAACGUCAGACGGCUCAAUCAACGCAAUCUCGAUCACGAACAGUGUCCGAUCGGAGCGAUACACAGACACCGUCUACCUCGGAGGCACUUCCUCUACAGAAAAAUAAACCUACAGCGGCCAGCAGGGACAGCGGCAUCGCAGAUUCGCGGCCCUUGACGGCCAUGGGUCAGGUGACUGGAGUGGACUUGGAACCAAUCUCUCUGCCCACCUCGUCGACCAGUAACGCCCAGCGACAGCGAACGAAAGCUCCACCAGCUACCAUCCGGCGAUACAGUCCCCAACUGGAUGCCGAAGAUCUAGCCCACGAACUUUCCACAAUCGCCGAAGUAGAAACCCCUGGACAAUCGCACAUUGUGCCGGCUACACCGGUGCCGCUGCCAUUCCCCACCUUCGAGCAAUACGCCCAGGAAAUGAACCUCGACCUGACACAGUUCGAUGCGAAUCAGAGCCGGAAGAUGGAGCUGGAGUUCAACGAUUUGGUAAGAGCGAUCAAUGAGCGCACCGGCGGAACAGAUUACCGGGAGUUUCCCAGCAUAAAUGCCUACUUGCAUAACGUGACAGAUACACAUGAUCACAGGGAGUUUAAUGAGCAUCCGCACCACGAUCAGACCACUUUGGCACCGGAUGUCCUUGUGAGGCAGUUGCGAUUGCUGGAUGUUCAUCUGAAGGCGUUCCCAAAUCGCAGGGAAUACCUACAGAAACUGUUAGCCAAUGAGCCUCCCGAUCAGAGGCAGUUGAUAGACAGUGCUAGUCUGGAAUCUUCAGAUUCGCUCAACGUUGAAGAGGAGCUGCGACAACGGAACAUCCUGAAGACCUCCUUUCGCCGGGCUAGCUAUUCGAACAUGGCCCACGAUAUGGCCAGUAGCACGCGCCGGGAAAGCGUCGCUCCGAACACCAAUGAUCUUCCGAAUGAGAGCGGAAUAGAUCCGCUUUCCGGCAGCACUGGAUCCAGUGACGCGGAAUAUUGUGAGCAACUCAGACACCCCAAAACAACGGAUCGGCACAAAAGACCGGAGGCAGAGCAGAUUGGGAGCAGCACGGAUGUUUCCUUGGAGAGGCCGCAACGAAAAUCCCGCAUGGGUGGCGGCGCUAGAUCCCACAAUGACUCCAGGGUUCAGGACGCCAGCCAGCUCGGGAGAUCUCUUAAUCUGCGCGAGUUUCUUACCCGGGAGCUCCUCAAACAUCGUGCGUAUACCGGGGAGACUUCACUGGAGAGUUCGGAUGACUCUCUAAAAGGACACUUUCUGAAAUCGGUCCUUAACUCACUUUCCCCGACAAGCUCGCCCUACACUCCGGGCAUCGGAGUUAGCUGUGCCACCGGAAUUACCAAUGACCGCCAGAAGACCUCAACACCCGUGGGAUCCUUUUCCAUGGCCGAUAAGUCCAGAUCGAUGCAGAGCGCCGGAACUCAGCUGUUCUCUGGGGAAAGCCGUAUCUCCCUGGUUCACUAUCCGGACGGAACGCCGCCGGUUCCUUACGAGCAGCAGCAAAGUACAAACGAAUCUCGUCAAACGUCGGGCCAAAAAGUAUCAGGUCCACAUCGAAGGUCGCCACGCAAGUGAUCGCUAGUGAUUAAAUUUUGCUCAAUUUAUGAAUAUAAACUCUACUAUGCCUCUAUAGCAUUUAUAUUUUAAUAAACUCGGGAAUUAUGUAUCGCAAAAUA